UCCAUUCGUCAGCACAGCAAAAUGGCUCAAAGCAGCGUUGCGUUAAAGAAUCCCCGAAAUUGGAGUGUUUGUGUUUCUCAUUGAGAUAUGUUUCAUUUAAAUGUAAUAUUUUGAUUGUGAUAAUCAUUUGAAUCAAUGGCGGCGAAGAAAACGUCACCUUUGCCAGGAUUAGAAGCUGAUGAAUACCAAGAACUUCAACCCCUCAUUCAAACUUACCACAAAUUUGAACCUUCUCCUAACACUACCACUUCUCUCAUCACCCAACGUAUCGACGCUCCUCUCGACGCCGUCUGGCCUUUCGUUCGCAGCUUCGAUAAUCCCCAAAAGUACAAGCACUUCAUCAAAAGCUGCAAAAUGUCAGCCGGGGAUGGCGGGGUCGGCAGCAUUAGAGAGGUGACGGUGGUUUCCGGCCUUCCGGCAUCAACGAGCACAGAAAGGCUAGAGAUUUUGGACGAUGAGAAGCAUAUAUUAAGCUUCAGGGUGGUGGGAGGAGAGCACCGGCUGAACAAUUACCGAUCAGUGACGUCGGUGAACGAGUUCAACAAAGACAGCAAAGUUUACACCAUCGUUUUGGAGUCUUACAUCGUUGACAUACCAGAAGGGAACACCGGUGAGGAUACCAAAAUGUUCGUCGACACUGUCAUCAAACUGAAUCUUCAAAAACUUGCUGGGGUUGCCACUGCCUCUCAGCAUGAACAUGAACAUGAACAUGAAUAGUGGCGGCGGCGGAGAUCUCUGCCGGCAGCAGAUGGGAUGGAACUUUUUUUUUCUUCUUCUUCCUUAAAUGUUCGUAUGAUGAUUAGUUGAUGGGUCGGUUUGUUUUUUUGCAAGUUGAAUUUAGCUUGUUCUUAUUUAUUGGGUUGGCCGAUUAUGGAUUGGUUGGUUGGGAGAAUUAGAAAGAGAUCAUAUUAUUCAUAUUAUAUUUUAUAUAUAUUUCCACAAAUAUUGUCUUAAUUCAUCUUUUAUCAAUAAAAGAUUUUAUGUAUUUUCUUCCUCUA